UGCACAUGGGGCCGUGCGGUUCUUCUCGUUCCUGCGUGUCCUUGUCCUGUGAGUGUGAACAGUGUGCAGCCCGUGCUCUCUGCUCAGCCCACCUGUAACCCUUUCCUACCCUCUGUCCAAGGUGAAGUGCCUCCAUUUCCUUUUAGGAAGAAUUAAAGGGAUUUUCCAGCUUUACAGGCGGUGAUAUGGAGGGGGGUUCCCAGCUGGACCUAUAAGACCGAGGAGCUAACCCCACCACCACCAUGGCACUGAAAAUACUAACCAACGUAACUGGGAAUGUCGUGACUUGCUUGAAGAGUGCCAGAAAUGGUAAAGCAGUGGCAAGCUUUACCCUUGCCGUUCCUAGCCUACUGUGGCCGAGGUUCUACUCGCAACAGCUUACACAAAAUGAAGUAAAAGCACCUGUUGAAAACCUAAAUCUGGUAACCAACCUGGAGAAAAUGGGGGUGGACCUCUCACUGGUCAGAAAGCGGCACGCCAUUCUCCUCAAGAAGACGACUACGCACGAGCAGAAACUCAAACAGUUUCUUAUAGACAAAGGCGCAGAUGCCAAGAUGGUGGCAAGCAUCAUUUCCAGGUACCCCCGGGCCAUAACGCGCGAUUAUGAACUCUUAGAAGAGAUGUGGGACAUUUGGAAAGGGAUAUUGGGGAUGGACGCCACCAUCCUAAGUGUUGCACUGCGUUCUCCGGAGUCUUUCUUCCGAACGUCUAAUACUGAGAACCUGUUGAGGAAUAUCCGUUUCCUCCAGUCCCUCGGAUUGCCUCCCAAAGUCCUCAGCCAGCUGAUGGUCAAGUCGCCCAGGACUUUUGCAAACAGCGUUGACCUCAACAAGCAGAACGUGGAGUAUUUACUGGACCUCUGCUCUCAGUUAGGGGGGAAGAACCCGCGGGAGUUUGUCAGGGAAUUGAUUUCUGCAAAUAUAUAUAUUUUGACCAAAAGUACAAAUCGCAUCCAAACCAACGUACAGAAUAUGAAGUCCUUGAUGAAGCUGGACGAUGAGGCCCUGCUGCUGUGGAUACAGGGCCAGGGCGCGCCCCUUUUGAGCCUCAGCUAUACGUAUUUUGAGGACAAUUAUAAGAGCGCUCAGGCGAUACUCCAGUCGUUAGGGUGUACGGAAGCAGAGAUAGCCCUCUAUAUCUUCAUGUGUCCCAAAGUCCUACUUAUGACGCCCAAGAUAUUUAAAAAUAAGAUCAACGUCCUGCUGGAGUGCGGCGUCGACGUGAAGGAUAUUCUCAACACCCCGAACAUUCUGUCUGUGCACGUCAACAACCUAAAGGCCAGAAUUGAGGAGCUGAAAGACUGCAGUUACGACUUCAGGGUCUCGAGCCUCAGUGUUCUCCAGCUCAGCCAGACAAAGUUUAUCUCCAGGUUGGAGAAACUGCGCAGUUCAGGGUCUCUGGAUAAGAGCGUUGGGCAGGACUGAUGUGGGAAGGGUCGCUUUAUAUGUCAUUUUAUUUUUGGAAUUAGAAUUAAAAAAUUUGCACUUGCUAUAUAUUAAA